CAUAAAUCACAUGACUAUUAAUAGAUGUUCAAAAUGGUGGACAAAAGUUGGUUAUCAAUUUGUGCAAAUGUUUAUCAAAAACUAUCGUAUUAAACAAAUAUUUGCUUAUCAAUUUAAGUGUAAACAGUUGAUUAUUAAUAUUUUUAUGGAAUUAGGUGUUUGAAGCAGACUGUCACCAACUAUGGAUGAAAAUGCAAGCCUUAUAUCGGGGAGAAACAAAGAUUCUAGUCAAUCUGCGAAUGGACCAGGAUGUAAAGUGAAAGUAGCCGAGGGUGCCGUUCUCUUGACAAUAACAUUGGAAAGAAUAGCUUUCUAUAGCUUAGCAGGAAAUCUUGUGUUGUUUUUAAACACAAACCCAUAUGAUUGGACAUCUUACAACGCUAUGUAUGCUUUAUUAUAUUUUUUUGGAAUCUCGUAUUUGAUGUCAUUUUUUGGAGGUUUAAUUGCAGACACUCUGUUGGGCAGAUUCAAAAGUCUGCUAUUGUCCUUGCUCCUGUACUUGGUUGGUUAUCUUUUACUGUCGUUAUCACAAAUGAAACUUUCUAAACCAGAUCGGUAUUUACUUUGUAAUCCUCCGGAGCCUUAUUAUAACAUGUAUAAUAUAACACAUGGAUUAAUGGACAUUCAAAACCACCAGAAGUCACCAUUUGAUGAAAGUUGUUCUGGCUUGAUGUUUGGAAUAUUGACACUAAUUGCUAUUGGAAGUGGCCCUUUCAGAUCAAAUAUUGCUCCUUUUGGAGCUGAUCAGGUUAAAGGUGAAAGUCAGCAAGCUAAUUUGACCUUUUUCAAUUGGUAUUAUUGGUGUGUUAAUGUUGGAACAUUGGUGGCAUUGUUAGUUAUUACAUACGUACAGCAACAUGACAGUUUUUAUGAUGGAUACUUGUCAGCAUUGAUUUGUCUGGGUGUGGCAGCUGUUGUAUUCCUUUGUGGUUCCUGUAGUUAUGUGUACAGACCAAGAACAGGCAGUGUGUUUAAGAAUAUAUUCACAGUCUUAUGUGAAGCAUGUACCAAAUGUUGCUGGAGACGGAAACCUAACUCAAGUUUAGGUGAUGAUGCCAUUGAGCAGCCUUCGUCAUGUUUGGACUUUGCUAUGUAUCGAUAUGGAGGAAACUUUCAGGAGGGAACAGUAAAUGAGGUUAAAAAGGUCCUCAAAAUCAUAUGUGUGUUCCUGACCAUGGUUCCUUACUGGAUGGUUUAUUUUCAGAUGGAGACAACUUUUCUGCUACAAGGACUUCAUAUGAAUUUGAACUUACCAGUAGAAAGUGCCAAUGUAACAGUUGACUGUAACCCCCAGAAUUCCACAGGGAAUGAUGACCCAGAUCACAUCACUAGCAAACCUCCAAAGCUUGUUGCAGCAUGGCUAUCAAUAUUUGACGUUAUAUUUGUCAUUAUUCUCAUACCAGUGUUUGAUCGUUUUAUUUAUCCACGGCUAGCCAAGGCAGGACGUCCUAUGGGAUUUGUGUUACGUGUAAGUCUCGGGAUGAUGAUUGCCGCCAUAGCAGUAUGUGUGGCUGGAGUGGUAGAACAUUAUCGUCUGAAGUCAGUUUAUCAAAAUGAUAGUCUCCCUUGCUGUAGACAUACAACUCAACAAAAAAUAGGACGUACUGUAUAUAAUGCAGCAGAGAUGUCAGUCUUGUGGCAGAUACCACAGUAUGCUCUGAUUGGACUCAGUGAAGUAUUUGCCUCAAUUGCAGCUUUAGAAUUUGCCUACCUGAUGGCGCCCAAGUCAGCUAAAGGUAUCAUUAUGGGAUUGUUUUAUUUAUUCACCGGAGUUGGAAGCUUCAUAGGAUUUGCAUCCAUGGCCAUCUUUCAGGGAUAUUGGUUUGGACCAUACGAUAGUGGAAAUAUAAACUGUCGUCUGCCGUGUACAGAAAAUGGUGGGAAGUUUGACAUUAAACUCAAAUGCCAUUUAGACAAUUAUUUCUUUUUCCUAGCAGGAAUUGAAGUAGUAGGGCUACUGCUGUUUUUGUUUGUUGUAAAAAUUUGCCGUAUUCAAAAUGAAAUUUCUGCAGUGGUUCGUCAGAAAUCUCAACCACAGAUAAUAUCUAGAAGAUCAGUUACUGAAAGACUGAAAUCACCUGUUUCUUUGCAAAGGCAGUCAAGUUCAGACAUCAGUGUCACAUGAAAAGAUCAAAUACUCCAUUGAUUUUUAAAAAAAAUCUAAAGAUGAAUACAUAGGAAGAGAAAUAAAAUUUACUCUUGUGUAGUGAAAUUCUGAAAUGAAAUUAAUAGAAGAAUAAUGUACAAGUGUUCUGAUUUUGUGUCAUGGAUGGAUACCCAAUAUCCAGUCCUUUGUUUUCUAUUACAGUAAAGAAAAAAUACAUGUUCUAGAAUUAUCAUUGUCACUUGUAUUCUGAUUGUUGAUAUUUUAAAGUUAUUUUACAUAUAUUCUUAAAUGAACAAUACUUUCUCUAGUCAUUAGUACUGUUCAGGUGAGUAUUCUAUUGCUAAGGUGGCUAUUUCACACUAACGAAUGAGAAUAUCAUAAAAAAUAGACUGCUACCUAUGAUAGGAUGUGAGUUGUUGGUAAAAGUUGUGUUCUUUUCCACAUACAUCUUCAGGGUUGUUCCAAAAUUUAUGUAGAAGGAAUGGUAUUAACUUGUAUAAAUUUUUAAAUUUAAAAGUAUGAUUGCAUUUUCCUUAGAACUAUUUUAUGGAUGGUCAGGACUUAAAACAGCUUCUGUCUUUACCCAUGCUUUUAAUUUUGGAAUAGCCCUAAGAUGUAAGACUCCGAAGACAUAUAUUUUGUAACCAUUAAAUGAUUUCUAUGUAACUAUUAUACCAUUUUAUUAUUUCAGCAGUAUAGCAUAUAUUUAUGUAUAACAUUAUGUUUAUAUACUUUCCCAUGCAAAUAUUUCACUAGCAAUUGUCUCUUUUAAUACAUGUAAGAGAGGAUUUUUUUAGUGAUCUCAAAGUUUGUUUACAUGGUCAUGAUAGUCAACAUAUCUUCUAAAAACUGAAUGGAUUUCAAUAAAACUUUGUAGAAUCUCCUGAGAGUUUAUUGAUAUUGUAUAAAUAACACAUAUAUAAGAGGGUAACAAUCUACUCCAUCAUGAUUUGUGUCAUUUAAUUUAUUUUACUGAAUGUUCUAUUAUUACUGUGUAUAAAAAAUUGAUGAUGAUUUUGGAGGGAUGAACAGAUGUUGUGUUCUAUAGACAGCUAAAUACUGUAUUGAAAACAACUUGGACAAUUGCUGGCGGACUAGUGGUCCAAGCUUUCCAGCUACUAUAUGACUACUGUAUCAACACUGCAUGACUGAGAUUGUGAGUUCCAACCCCACUCAUGGCAGAUACAUUUGACUCAUGUAUUUAUUGACUUAGAUUGUCAUUAUUUAUUCUGAAGAGUGCUGGAUCUCACAAUGCACUCCCCCUUUUUCCACUAAUAAAACUGGCCACCAUGAAAAAGCUUAUAGUGCUGUAAGUGGUGUUAAACACUAACAAUGAAUUAAUUAAUCUAAGCAACGUGAUAUAUAUAAUAAUUGGUGUGAAUAAUUUCAUAUGUUAAUCUCUUAAGAAUAUUGUUGUUGUUAGGUUGAUGUUUCGUUCAUAAUUUCCUCAUAUCUCCUGUCAAUCUGCCAUUUGCUUUUUUAAAUUUAUGCACCUAUUUAGUUAUUGUACAUUUAUAGUGAGGUCACACCAAACAAAAUUGUUGUUCCUAGAAUAGAUAUCUGCCCCCAAAAAAAGGUGAAAGUUAUUGUUUUUUUAAUUUUUUUUACCAAAAUAAAAAAAUAUACAGAGCAUUAAUCAGACUUUCUUUAAUCAGACUUGCUAGGAGAAUGCAUUCGAAAAAAAAUUGGUGUGGCCUUUAAAAGAUUGUUAAGAUAUGGUGCUAUCUAAUAUUGAGCUGUGGAGAGCAUUUCUUGCAUAAUUGUAUGUUUUAUACCAUGUAAAUUUUGUAAAGAUUAUUUUUGUAAUUGUUAAAACGUGAUAGACUUAAUGUUUUGUUAUAAUCAAACUUCUAAAUGUUUCCUAAUAAAAUUUUAAAAUAUUUUA